UGGGUGGUCGCAAGUGCGGCGCCUUCGUAGACAUUGGCUCCACACGAAACUUCAUAAGUCGCGACUGCGUUGACAGACUGUGCCUACGAAGAGCGCAUGAUGGUGGAGGACUACGUUAAAGAUGUAGUCUGCACCUUCUCCUACCUAGGAGGAGAGAUAAACCACAAGAUAUCAUUCCUGGUGAGCGACGAGUUGCCCUUUGACAUGUUAUUGGGCAUGUACUACCUCGAGGUUGCCAAGCCCCAGUUUGACUGGGAUAAGAAGGUGUUGAAGCAUGAGUUGCCUAGUGGGAGAACCGUGAGACUGACCAAGUACAAAUCCAGUAGGUUAGUAGACUCCUAUGGGUGCUUAUGCGCAUCUGCCUUUUAUAAUUAUUAUAAACAGAACCAAGAGGAAGGAAUGUACUUAAUCUAUGUCUCUGCAAAAGGGGAGGCCGUUAAAACACCCCCAUGGAUAGAGACCAUCGUCGCUAAGUACCCAGAUCUGUUCGAGGAGCCUAAAGGAGUCGUAGACAGGGAGAUUGUCCAUGCCAUAGAGAUUAUCCCAGGAAGUAAAACACCCAAGGGUAGAAUCUAUAGGAUGGCUCCAGCCGAGUUGGACGAACUUCGGCGGCAACUGAAAGAGCUCACAGAGAAGGGUUGGAUCCGACCUAGCACUUUCCCCUAUGGCUCACCAGUAUUGUUUGUUCCAAAGAAAGGGGGAACACUAAGGAUGUGCAUUGAUUAUAGAGGCCUCAAUGCAAUCAUCGUUAAGAACGAAGAGCCUCUACCACGCAUCGACGACCUAUUGGAUAGGGUGCAGGGGUGUAAGUACUAUACAAAGAUAGACUUGAAAUCCGGCUACCAUCAGACUGCCAUAAGACCAGAGGAUCAGCACAAAACCGCAUUUCAGACCAGGUACGGUCUGUACGAGUUUGUGGUGAUGCCUUUUGGCCUUUGCAAUGCGCCGGGUACAUUUCAGCACGCCAUGAGUAGGAUCUUCCAUGACUACUUAGACAAGUUUGUUGUCGUGUACCUCCACGACAUACUUAUCUUUAGUAGAUCUGUCGAGGAGCAUGCUCAGCAUGUAGACAAAGUACUUUCACUCCUUUGGCAGCACAAGUAUAAGAUAAACUCUGAGAAAUGCGAGUUUGGUCGCACUCGAAUCUUGUACUUGGGUCAUGAGGUAUCCGCAAAUGGGAUUAGGCCCGAAGAUGCGAAGGUGGCAAGCAUUCGUGACUGGCCACGACCCCAGUCUGUGACUGAGGUCAGAUCAUUCUUGGAAAUGUGUGGUUAUUACCGCAAUUUCGUAAAGAAUUAUAGCACGAUUACAUCUCCCUUGACUGAUCUAGCUCGACUCGAUACAUCAUGCGACUGGACCGACGAGUGUGAGGCAGCUUUCAAGCGUUUAAAGCAUGCUCUCACGCAUCAUGAGGUUCUCAUGGUACCCGACCCGCAAAGGCCAUUCGUUGUAACCACUGACGCAAGCCAAUAUGGGAUUGGCGCAGUGCUGGCUCAGCAGGAAGGGAAGAAGUUGAGAUCGAUCGAGUACAUGAGCAAAAAAAUGCUUUCAAAGAAGUUGGCAAAGUCCACCUAUGCGAGGGAACUCUACGCUCUUUACAAGGCACUUAUCCACUGAAGGCAUUACCUGUUAGGAAGGUUCUUUUACUUAAGAACUAACCAUCAG